AUGGCCAGCAAUGAGACCAAUCUCACGGUUUCAUGUGGAUAUCCAGGUCUACCACAUGACACCCAAAUAUAUCCCGAUAAGACUGUCUACGAAGACGGCAAUGAAGUGAGGUAUAGCUGUCCUUACGAUAAGAUCUAUACCAAGACACAGACCAAGAAAUGUGUGGCCGGUGUGUGGUUAGGCCCGCGAUCCACGUGCGGCUACUUUAUUAAGAAUCAGUUAAUGAACGUUAAAGUUAUUAAUCUGCGAAACAAUAAGACCAUUGUUGACAUGAUUACCAGUAAUUACUCGAGCAGUGAAUACCCGGCCUGUUAUUACGAUGGAAACGCUAUGGCAGUGAUAGUGCCCAACGCACAGGUGGCCCACGACUGGCACUUUGAGUUCUCCAGUUCCAUGUUCUUUGACUUUUUCCUAUUGAAUAUCAAAAUCCCAAAACUGGGUCUACAGGUCAGGGGUGCGAACAAUGAGAUGAUCGACUCAAUGAGGGUCAGGAAUAUCCGAAUAGAGGGCGAGGAGGACAGGAACUGUACUCUCGAUUUCAGUACUCGUGACAAAUUGGCGAAAAUAUUCUGGUUCUGGUGUACGGAAAGUGUGGCUAAAGUCCGGAACAGAACCCUUGAAAUUAAAUUCACAACAUAUUCGAGUGAAACAAUUAAGUCGAUCGGAUUGCACCAGGUAUACUUCACGAAACUGCAAUAUUGUGGUCAUCCGACUGUCCCACUUAUGGCUAAAUAUGAUGAGGAGACCCAACGGGUUGUAUGCGAUCCCGACGUCUCCUAUGAUAUCAACCCCGAAGACCAGAUGAUGGGUGACUGUGUGGACGACAAGUAUUGGGCCGGUAGUCCUAAAUGUGUGCCCAAACUACACUGUAAAGUAGAGUUCAAUGAAGUGUCCGAAGAGAUAGUGUCCGUGAAAAACGCGUAUAUCUUUGACACAAACAAAUGGUAUGCCAUCGAAGGGACAGCUAUAGAUGCAAAACUGGCUACGAGUUCAUCACCGAUCCGUUUCGCACAUGUCUUUACAACGCAACGUGGGAUCAAACGGCACCCUGAUAAUAUUUGUGAUAUGAUAUCCGAAAAUGGAUUACAGCUUGUAUCGAACGAUGAGUUUGCGACCAAUUACCUUGAUACUACAAAGUUGGUGAUUGGCAACAGAAGUGAUUGCGAUAUUGCAUACUAUGGUAAUAUUCUAUCGGGUAGCGCUCCGUUCGCUAAUUUGGUUAAUCGAUAG